UAGGUUUAAUGUUUUAGUAAUAUUUUAGUAUUGUUUUAAAAAAUAAAUUCAUAAUUCAAUUGUUUCUAAAUAUUAUUGUAUUUAAGUAUAAUACUAAUAAUUGUAGUAAUAAUGGAAACAAUUAUAAAAUUAAUAUUAUUGAUAUGCUUUGUUCAAUUGGUUGUAUGUGAUGAUCCAAAAGUAAAUAAUGCAACUCUAAGUUAUGAAGAGACAACUUAUACCGGAGACAGAAAAAUUAAACUAAGUUGUGAUACGACAACAGCUGAUGGAAAACCAGUCAAUUAUAUUAUAUUUGGACGAAAAAUUGGAGAAAGUCAUACAACAUUUGCUAAAUUAUACAGCGAUGGUAAAGUUAAUGAAACAACUGAUAUUGCUGGUGUGAAAAAAGAGAACAUUACCGCUGUAGACAAUAAAACAAUAUAUUUGAGUGCACUCGAUAAACUUGAAGAUGCAAACUUUGAAUGUAGUUUUUUCCAGCAAACAACACAAGGUCCUUGGUCAAAAGAUAUUAGCGUACGUGCAAAAUUUGAAACUGUUAAAUUUACGCCAACGUUUGAAAAGGAUCGUAAAGAUAAUACCUUCAAAAAAGACGAUAAAGUGGUAGCCGUUUGCAACUAUGAAUUAAGACAAGAUAGUACUAAAUUGAUCAAGGUACAUUUCAAAAAGGGUGAAAAAGAAAUUUUUUCCUACGAUAAUAGUACAGCUGCGGGUAACCAAACGGAUACUGAAAACUAUGAUAAGGACUCGAUUAAGUUGGACACCGCUAACACUAAUAAACCCAAUAUCAACGGCACAGGAAAAGUAACCAUUAAUAUCGAGAAGGCUAAGGACAAGGCUCAGGGAGACUAUACCUGUGACAUACAGUUCAGAUUGAAUGGAUGGGCCGAUGAUAAGUCCGAAACUCGCACUUCAGACAAAGUUAGCAUCAAAUAUGACGGCAGUGGUGCCGGUGCUGUGUUCGCCUCAAUCACUACUAUUGCCAUUUCAAUGAUGGCUUUCCUUAAAAUUUACUAUUAAUUUCAAUAAAAUUAUUUAAUUAGU